AUGGAGCGCUGGCAGGGGCGGGUGGCGCUGGUGACGGGCGCCUCGGUGGGCAUCGGGGCGGCGGUGGCGCGGGCGCUGGUGGCGCAGGGCAUGCAGGUGGUGGGCUGCGCCCGCGGCGUCGACAAGAUCGAGAAACUGGCUGCGGAGUGCCAGAGUGCCGGAUUCCCGGGCACCCUCAUUCCAUACAAGUGUGACCUCUCCGUCGAAGAGGAGAUCAUCUCCAUGUUCUCGGCCAUCAAGACCCUCCACCAGGGGGUGGACGUCUGCAUCAACAACGCCGGACUGGCCCGGCCGGAGCCCUUGCUGUCCGGCAAGACGGAGGGCUGGAGGACGAUGCUGGAUGUCAACGUCAUGGCCGUCAGCAUCUGCACCCGCGAAGCAUACCAGUCCAUGAAGGAGCGAAACAUUGACGAUGGCCAUAUCAUUAACAUUAAUAGCAUGAAUGGCCACAGUGUGGUCCCCCAGUCUGUCGUGCAUUUUUACAGUGCCACAAAAUACGCUGUCACAGCGUUGACGGAAGGGCUACGGCAGGAACUCCGAGAGGCAAAGACACACAUCCGAGCCACGUGCAUAUCUCCGGGACUGGUGGAGACAGGGUUUGCCUUUAAACUCCAUGAUAGUGAUCCAGAGAGAGCUGCAGCAACGUACGAGAGCAUUCGGUGUCUAAAAGCAGAGGAUAUGGCCAAUGCUGUCAUAUACGUCCUCAGUGCUCCACCUCAUGUACAGAUUGGCGAUAUCCAGAUGAGGCCGACUGAGCAGCUCUCCUAGCAAAAUAAGAAGAUUUGCUCCUGGCACAAUGCAGAGAGGACGACCUCCACGCAUCCAGACUUCCCCUCUGCUGACUGGUGACGUUUAAAAGACAGAUAUGAAGAGUUUCUCCCCCCUCCUCUUUCUCCUUUUUGAGCUGUCGUCCAGUUUGCAAAAAGUAAAGCAGAAA